UAUAUUGGAACGUUGUAAUUGUAUUCCACAAGAGUCGAUAGUUAAAGAAAGCAGAACGAGUUAUAAAUAAUUAUAGAAAUGCGUGUGGUCAUCUGAGACCCCAAGAGCGAUCCUACGGUUAAUUGGUUGACAUAUUACUUGGACUUUUAAUUGAAAUCCCGGUUACGCAUCGAUUGCUCCUCUUUCUUAAUGACGAGUUGGUCUAAACUGCCAUCUAGGAAAAAACAAUUUUGCACGUGUACAUGGUUAUUUUUCCUAGCUCUCUCGUAUCGGUCGAUUACAUUCUUCCUUACGAACAAGACACAUCUAAUUGGCUCGUUUCCUGGAUUGCACCACGAUUGCAGAACCCCUCGGUAAUAAAGUCUUUCGAGUAAAAAGUGGAACCGAUCCUUGUCCACCUGAUCUUCAAAAUAAAAUAUUUCCCAUCGAGACAGACAAAUUCUCACGAGACACCUUUCACUAGUUUCCGUGAAAUUUUGCAAAAACUAGCGCUGAGAUUCUUUUAUAUCGGCUCCAUUCGUUCCUAGGUACGAAUUACAAUUGGUCGAAUGCCUGCACGCAUCAACGAGCAUCCUUUCGCUCGAUAAAAGACGCAGUGAAAUCAUACGUUAACGAGUAUCGUCUAACUAACGAUUCAUCAUCGAUAAAAAUGGACGAAGUAGUAAUUUAAUGGUUCGCGGCGUGCUUUUCCCAAUUCAGCGCGUCGAACGCUGCUCGGAAUUUAAGGUUUCCUGUCGGAUAUCGGUGGUCAGUUAUGGAAGCACUAAGUGUCGUAAAAAGUUGUGACUGGAUAUUAUAUAGUGGGCAUUUCAUGAAACGUAAACGUUACUUCACAGAUGUAUUCGAGUGUACAAAAUAUAGAUUGCAAUUUAAAACAUUACACGUUCAUGAUCUACAUAUAUCAACAUCAAUCUGUUUACCUGAUUUAUUUACCUGUCCAUUUAAUACCUGAAAACCCCUUUAGAUUAGGACACCCUAAUAAAUAAGUUUCUUUUUUUCUAUUUUCUUCUCAAUUCAAUAAAACACAUAUUCUCCGUCAAAUUUAUAAAGCAGCACUCAUAAAAAUCAAUAUAAAAACAAAAUAUAAAAAUCAAAAAAUUCCAAAUAAAUCAUCAAAACCAAUCUAUUUACCAUAUGUAUUUAUCUACCCACCUAAUACCAAAAAAUUGUCUUUGUAGACUAGAUUCCCUUAAAUCUCUUGACAAACUUCUUUCACAUUUCUAAAUUUCCCAGUAAAACAUCUCCCUACCAAAUUUUUAGAACAGCACACAUAAAAACCAAUGAACAUCAAAAUAUAAAAAUCAAAAAUCUCAAAAUAUGCCCUAAUCACCUAUCUAUUCUUACCCAACAGAUUCUCCCGGCCAAAUUUUUAGAACAACAUACAUAAAAAUCAGUAAACAUCAAAAUAUAAAAAUCCAAAAAUUCCAAAUGUACCCUAAUCUAUUCCUUCCCAUAAUAUUCUCCCUGCACAAUUUUACAAAACAAACAGAAACCAAUGAACACCAAAAUAUAAAAAUCCAAAAAUUCCAAAUACACCAAAACCACUUAUUCCUUCCCAACAGAUUCUCCCUGCCAAAUUAUUAGAACAACGCGUACAAAAAACCAAUCGACACCAAAAUAUAAACUUCCAAAAAUAUAAAAUAUUCCCUUAACCCCUCCUAUCCUAAUCAUUUAUUCCUUCCCAACAGAUUUUCAACCACCCUGUACGACAAAUACCAAAAGUGCCUCAAGAAGCGCGAUCGUUGACGGGUCCUAGUUCGUUAUAACUUAUAACUUAUAAGACCGAGCAGUCGUCUCGCCUAAUUACGUCUCCGCAGCCGCGUUUCCAACGAAACCGGGACGUGGGGCCAUUGUGUGUGCCCCGCGAAACGGUCCCCCAUUCCAAAUCGUGCGGUUUCGUUCCCGCGCUGCGUCACCGUGCCGCUUCAGUUGUCGCAAAUGAACGGCCGGGUCUGUGCAAUUGCGGUGAAACUCGGCAUUUCUUUCCGAUGUUAUGUAAAAAUUCAUCCCCGCCAUCGCUGGUUUUGUCCGACGGCGUUCGAGACGGGACACUCGACGAACAGUGGCCGCGGAACGCCGCGGUACAAAACAGCCGUGCGUCUGGACACCGCGAAAGUUCGCCGCGCGAUGGAGGGACAUCCCGAACGGUUAUCGAUCCUCGGUGCUUGAUCAUUAAACGCAGAAUGUGUCCACGAUAGUGCGCCAAGCAUGAGAAAAGUGUAACUCGUUGUGCUCCCAAAGUGCUUGGAUCCAUCGACGAUGAAACUUAGGACAUUCCGCGUCCUGUGUUACCUGUGCGUGCUCUGCGCGCUGUGCGGGGCCUAUGGAGAGCCUGACACGAAGAAUCGCUCCUAUUUGAACUCUUCCGAGUCCGAUGAGCCUCAAGAGCCGAGGGAUGUCUCAAAUUCGACCAGCCCGAGGGAUAAACGGGCGCUAGGUUUGAUACUCUCAGGUUUGGCCCAGGUGUUCGGGUACAACGUGAGCUCCGUCCAGUUGGCAACCUUGCCUAACCCUGAAGCCGACGAAGAGGCGAGACAAUCCCCUAACCCUGUGCCUCCUUCGUCUACGACUUCGAUAUCUCAACAACCGACGACUCCAUCCUCCAACCAACCAACUCGGCCAACUUCCACGACUGCCUCGACUCCAGCCACUCCUAAGCAAAGGGAGACCAUCAGAUUCACAGGAGUCCUCAACUUCGGCAACAGCACGAGCCUCCUCAACCGCCUGCAGGAGUACGAGAACAUCUUCCACGGGGGUAGCAGCGUUUCGACCCCUACGAUGAACGCGACAACGCCGUCGUCGACGCCUGCUCCUUCAAGAAACGUCCCUGCGCAACCAUUGCCUCCCCUCCUGGUGAACAUACCCCUGCCCACGAUAUCGCAGGCGCCUCUGCCGACGAUACCCCAGUCGCCUCUGCCUGAGAUUCCGCCGCAGGACAUCAAACUGUCCUACCCUGAACCCAUCGUCAUCGUUCGCCAGGAGGUCACCAGGAACCAGACCACGGAGAAGCCCAUGGUGCAAAUGAAGAAUAAUGCGACCGCUACGUCCCCGCCCCUACCGGCUGUCUACGUUCCCACGGACUCUAUUCGUCUGCACGACCCACACUGGAGGAACGAGUACGAGUACAGACUCGCUGAACUAGAGCGCAAACAGGAGGAGCAAGCCGAAAGGCUGAGGCAGCAGGAGAGGUACAGAAAUCUCAUGAAGGACAACAAGGAAGAAGAUCCCAGAUGCAAGAAUAAAGAGAAACCUAAUCAGAACGCUGAGUAUUCAGCAGAGGACUCCAGAGAAGACUCCAGGGAAAGUUACGAGAGUCCAGAGAAGACUCGGGAGUAUUCUAGACCACCGACUAAAGACUCGCGGGAGAGCGAGGAAUACAGCAACGACGACAACAAGCCCUACAAGCAGGAGGAAGAUUUACCUAUUGAUAGCUACUCCAACGUGGGAAACAACGAGCCGCUGCCGAUCAGCGUCGACGACGAGCAACGACGACCCGAGGAGCUGCGCAACAGCUACGGGCAACUGUUGAACAGUCACGAGCUGCCCAAUGGAUUCGCCAGCUACUUCGGGAAGCUCAAGCAGUCGAUAAGCGAUUUCUACAGCGCCCCGGAACCUCCUGCUUCCGACGAAGCCUCGAAAGAGCGAGAGGACUCCUCGGAGCGUUACAAAGAAGACGAAAACGAAAGCAGCGAGACACCGAGGGAAGAGAACGAUCCUCCCACGACCAAGUACGAAGAAUACAGUUUAGAGGAAGAGACCGACGCGACGAGCAAGGAGAAUUCUAAGGAAGACAGUUCUGAAGGGAAGUACUCCAAUAGGAUUCCACCUGAGAGCGAGGACCUCGAACGAAAGUCAGAGGAGCAAGUGGAUUACAGCAAGUACAUGCCCCUGGUGGUGCCUGUUAGGUACCUCGCUGCCCCUGAAGAGUCGAAAAGGGCGAGAUCGAGAACCUCGGGGGCGGAGAAGUCGAGGAAGGUCGACAACGUGCCCGCCAGAGAGGCCAGCAAGAGGAUCGUGGUGAAAGAAGCGAGGAGGCCUAAGAAGGAGAACCUAAAACCCAAGAUAGGCAUCCCUGAACGACGAUUGCCGAAGAAGCUCCACGAGGGCGAGCAGAAGGAGCUGCAGGUAUGGCCAGCGCCGUUCGACUUCGUUCUUGAUAGCACCAUUCAAACUGAAGUCACUGCUAAGUCUAAUCGAGGGAAUGUGAAACAUAAUAGGAAGCUUAAUAAGGGGAAUGAGAAAACUGAAAAGACCAACAACGACCGUCCCGAAGACGCCGACUAUCGAAGGUCUAAGGAUGGCUCUUUAUCCGGAACGGUUCCUUCGAGGCAAAGGACGCCUAGGAUGCAGACGAAUCUGAAUCAAGGGAAUUCGAGUCGCAAACGCUCCCAAACCGAGGAUGUUAAGCUACUUUCUCGAGGAAAAGAGGCACCGAAUCUUUUGGAGCGUUACAAAUACAACUCGAAUGGUUAUUAUAGGAAACGACCGGUGCAAUCUAUUCAACAACUGCCUGGUUCAACGUUCUCCAAGAGGAUUGAAUCCCUGAAGCGCAGCACGGACACUGCUGGACCCAGUGGAUACUCCUAUAGGCAAACGCAGCCUGCGAGGGAGCUGGAUGAUAAAAGUCAGGUUGAUCUGCGACUUGCCAAGCAGAGAGUGUCCACGAUGACCUUCGAUAGUCCUCUGAGUGACCGCAAUGAACAUUACUAUAUCCAGAAGCAGCCUGAAAGCGAGGUGGAUAAUCAAAAUCAGGAUGCACGAGAUUUUCAACUAACUAAACAGGAAGUAUCAACGAUGACCUUUAAAGGUCCUCUGGAUGACCAGAGUGGGUAUUACUAUAGCCAGAAGCAACCUGCAAGCGAGGUGGAUAAUAAAAAUCAGGAUACACGAGAUUUUCAACUAACCAAACAGAGUGUGCCUACGAUGAUCUUCCAUGGUCCUACGGGAGACCACGAUUUGUUCAGUUUCAGGAACGAUUAUGGUCUCGCUGGUGAAGGGAAAAGUCUGAAAUCAAGUGGAAUGUUAGAGGAGAAGAAAAAGAUCGAGAACGAGGCAAUGGCUUCUUUAUCCUUACCGCAGUACAAGGCCUAUAGCUAUGGCGAAACUUUGACGAAAUUUGCCAAUGAACCGGAAAGCAGAAGCGAGAAAGUCGGUUAUUACGCGAACAGUGAGCCUGUUAUGCGAAUCUCGGGACAAAAACGGAUUGAUUCGAUCGGACCGAUCGAUUUCAUCGAUCUCGCCCACGUUUUGUAA